GAUGAUGCGUCUAGGAUGCUGCACGGCCCUGCUGUUCGUGCUGCGGCUGCUGGUGGGCCUGCCCUGGUACCAAGUUCUUCCAGCCAUCCUGAUCUUUUACCUCGGAAGCGGAGGAUGGAGCUUUCUGCACAUAUUUGCCAAAACAGUUGGCAGAGACUUACAUGCGGCGUUCGUGCUAUUACGAGUGAAGAUGAAUGUCAGGCGCCAUCUCAGGGAGAAGAACACCAUCCCUAAGAUCUUUGCAGAAACAGUGCAGCGGCAUGGGGACAAAACGGCGCUCAUCUUCGAGGGGACCGGAGAGAGGUGGACUUACCACCAGUUAGAUGAAUACUCCAACAGAGUGGCUAACAUGCUGCUGGAACGUGGUUUUAAGGAGGGCGACGUGGUGGCCCUAUUCAUGGAGAACAGAUCUCAGUACGUGGGCCUCUGGCUGGGCAUGGCUAAGAUUGGGGUAGAAGCAGCGCUCAUCAACUUCAACUUGAGACUUGAGGCUUUGGUCCACUGUGUUAACAUCUCCAAUGCCAAAGCCGUGGUGUUUGGCUCGGAGCUGACUGAUGCGGUGUCUGAGGUCCACAGUUCAAUGGGGAAAGCGGUGCAGAUGUUUUGCUCUGGAGAAUGGGACCCCAAACGAGUGCCACAGGGAACCGAGUGCCUAGAGCCCCUGCUGGACGCUGCCCCCUCUUACCUGCCCCGACGGCCACAGCGCUGCUUCACAGACCGCCUGUUCUACAUCUACACAUCAGGAACCACUGGGAUGCCUAAAGCUGCUAUUGUUGUGCACAGCAGAUACUACCGCAUGGCUGCUUUGGUGUAUUAUGGCUUUAGGAUGACAUCAGACGACGUACUGUAUGACUGCCUCCCGCUCUACCACUCAGCAGGAAACAUUGUGGGAGUGGGCCAGUGCAUCAUACACGGCAUGACUGUGGUCAUCAGGAAGAAGUUCUCUGCGUCGCGCUUUUGGGACGACUGUGUCAAAUACAACUGCACUAUCGUGCAGUACAUUGGUGAGAUCUGCCGUUACCUGCUGAACCAGCCGGUCCGAGACACAGAGCGACAGCACCAGGUGCGCAUGGCGCUGGGCAACGGCCUGCGCCAGUCCAUAUGGGAGGAGUUCAUGAAGCGCUUCAACAUCCCACAGAUUGCAGAGUUCUACGGAGCCACAGAGUGCAACUGCAGCCUGGGCAACUUUGGCAACAAGGUUGGAGCCUGUGGCUUUAACAGUCAGAUUCUACCCCACAUCUACCCCAUCAGACUGGUGAGGGUUGAUGAGGAGACCAUGGAGCUCAUUAGGGGACCAGACGGUGUCUGCAUUCCUUGUAAACCUGGUGAGCCUGGCCAGCUUGUCGGCCGGAUCAUUCAGAACGACCCCCUUCGCAGAUUCGAUGGCUACGUCAACCAAUCAGCAACCAGCAAGAAGAUCGCUCACAGUGUUUUCAAGAAAGGAGACAGCGCCUAUCUUUCAGGUGAUGUAUUGAUCAUGGACAAGUACGGCCACAUGUACUUCAAGGACCGGACAGGAGACACUUUCCGCUGGAAAGGAGAGAACGUGUCCACGACAGAGGUGGAGGGAACUCUAAGCAGGCUGCUAGACAUGAAAGAUGUGGUUGUUUAUGGAGUAGAAGUUCCAGGAGCAGAGGGAAAGGCUGGAAUGGCAGCUAUUGCUGAUCCGUCUCACUCCACUGACCUGGAGAAGCUCAUCAAAGACAUGGAAAAGGUCCUGCCUCCCUACGCCAGACCUGUGUUCCUCCGCUUCCUUCCAGAGGUCAACAAGACAGGAACUUUUAAGUUUCAGAAGACGGACUUGCGACGCGACGGCUUUGAUCCCUCUGCAGUGUCGGACAGACUGUGCUUCCUGGACUCCAGCAGAGGGCGCUAUGUGCCACUGAAUGAAGAGUUGUACAACUCCAUACUGUCAGGGAAACACAAAUUG